UUGGGAGCGUGCAGCAUGUCUCGAACCAAGGAAGCGAUCAUGAUUGUGCUGGACGCAAGCGUCGCCAUGCGCAGUCCGUUGGCGGAAGUGACCCGGAAAGUGGAGGUAGGCAGUCGCUUCGAGGCCGCCAAGAGCGCGAUCCAAGGCAUCGUGAACCAAAAGCUGUUGUUUCGCAAGAACGACGAGGUGGGGAUCGUCAUGUACGGUACCGAAGGCACCGACAAUCAGUUGAACGCGGACGACGACAACAGCUACAAGCACGUGACGGUCGUGAGCUCCGUUGCGCCGGUGACUAUCGACCUCGCUAAGCAGGUCCUCGCCAUGGAAGCGGCGUCGGUCGAGACCCCCGCGGACGUCCUCGACGGCAUUAUCGUCGCACUCGACCUGAUGAUCCGUCGCACCGACAACAAAAAGUACGACAAGCGCCUGGUUGUCAUCACCGACGCUGCCACGCGCAUCAACAACCCGUCCGACAUGGAGGUCGUGUGCACCAUGAUCCAGAACCUCGACGUGCACCUUCAGAUCAUUGGUAUCGACUUUGGGCUGUCUCAAGAUACCAAACUGGAACGGAUGGACAACGUCAAGGGCGAAAAUGUGGCAGCUCCGUCCAUCAAAGAGGAAAACGAAAAAAUGUUGCAAUCUAUUGCCACGGAAGUGCACGGAGAAGUCCAAUCAGUGUCGAAACGCAUUGAUUUCUUGGCUCAAAGCAAGCUCAAGCCCGUGCUGCAGACGACCAAAAUGCGCGGAAAUUUGGAGUUUGGGGACGCCAUGUCCAUUCCCGUGUACGUGUUUGCCAAGGUGCUCGAGGCGACGAUCCCGUCGCUGCAAAAAGAGUCGCAAGUCGCCAAACAAAGCACGACGUACGCCGAGGACGACGCCCCCGGCAAAGUCCGCAUGGAGCGCACGUCGUUUGCCCCGGACCACCCCGACGAAGAAGUGCCCCCGGAACGCCGGAUCAAAGCGUAUAAAUAUGGCUCGGAAAUGAUUCCCUUCUCCACUGCCGAUCAAGCUGCACUCAAACUACUGACAACGCGGGGAUUGAAAGUGCUGGGUUUUGUGGACAAAUCCCAGUGGAAACAUGGCCUGGGCAUGACGGGGACGGACGCAGUGUUUGGUGACUUUACCAAGCCCAAAGCCCAAGAAGCCAUCCACGCGCUCAGCACUGCCAUGCACGCCGAAGGCAAAUUCGCCCUCGCGCGCUUUGUUCGGGUAGCCAACGCCGCCCCCAAAGUGGUCGCUUUGUUUCCAAAUGUUCAAGAGCCACGGCUGCAUUGUCUGUGGAUGCAACAGUUGCCGUUUGAAGAAGAUUUGCGUCCGUACGAGUUUUCAUCGCUCGCGUCCAACCCUACGAUUCAGCCUACCGCAACACAACUCGCGGCGGCCGACACGUUGGUGGAGAUGCUGAGUCGUCCUGCGUCCACGUCACAUGCAUUCAACCCGGCACUCCAGCGUCUGUACGACACCAUUGCUCAUCGGGCGAUGGAUCCGACGGCGCCGCUGGCCCCGCUGCCGCCGCAUGUCGAGCGCCACUUGCGCGAAGAUCGGACGUUGUUUGAGCCGGCGUUGGCUGCGAUCCACGCCUUUGACAAGGCGUUUCAAUUGAAAGAAGCGGCGAAAGCCAAGGACCACAAGAAAAAAUCGUUUUGGAGUGACGUGAGUAUUGGCGACACGAAACCGGCCGACGUGCCCGUGGCAGAUGGAGGGGGCGGUGACGACAACGACGACGGCGAGUUGGACUUGGAUGAUUUGUUGGGCGAAGACGUGACGGCGGUGGGAUCGAUGAAUCCGAUUUCCGACUUUGAAGCGUUGUUGGCGACGAAUCAAUUGGCCAAAGCGCAACUUGCGGUGAUGGGUAUGGAAGAGCAGAUCUUGGGUUUGUUUCGACAAGAUGCUCGUGGGUACCACGCAAAAGGCCUCGAUUGUCUGCGCUACUUUCGUCGUCGCAGUCCCGAGAUCCACCGCACGACGUUGUUCAAUGCGUUUCUGCACCGUGUCAAAGCCGAGUUUGGUCCGUCGAACGGCCCCGUGUGGCAGCUACUGGUGGAGCACCACGUCACAUUAUUGAGCACCCGCGACGAUCCUUCCUGUGACACGAGUAUCCGCGAGGCUGAGAGCUUUUUGCUGCCGGACGCCCAAGUCAAGGACGAACCCACGGGGGGGGCGGAGGUGGUUGAUGCUGGUCAAGACGACGAAUCGGAUUUAUUUGCAGACUUGGAGUGAAUACUACUAUAUAAUACUACUAGUACUAUAGUGUACUAUUAAUAGUUUGGAAAUAUAAGCUGGCGCUGUUGUCGUUGCGG